GGGCGAGCGGGCGCGCGCGCCGAGGCUGUGCGAGCGGCUGACAUGGCGCACUUGGGGCGUCUCCUGGUUCCCCUGGCAGCCCUGGUCCUGCUGCUCUGGGCGGUCCCUGGGGCCCACGGGCGGCGGAGCAACGUGCGCGUCCUCACCGAUGAGAACUGGACCUCGCUGCUGGAAGGAGAGUGGAUGAUCGAAUUUUACGCUCCCUGGUGCCCAGCUUGUCAGAACCUUCAGCCAGAAUGGGAGAGUUUUGCUGAAUGGGGAGAAGAUCUGGAGGUUAAAGUUGCGAAGGUGGAUGUCACAGAGCAGACAGGACUGAGUGGACGCUUUAUCAUAACUGCCCUUCCUUCUAUUUAUCAUUGUAAAGAUGGUGAAUUUAGGCGUUACCUGGGCCCAAGGACUAAGAAGGACUUCAUAAACUUCAUAAGUGAAAAGGAAUGGAAGAAUGUUGAACCUGUCUCCUCAUGGUUUGGCCCAAGUUCUGUUCUGAUGACUACUAUGUCCGCACUUUUUCAGCUCUCCGUAUACAUCAGGACUAGCCACAGCUAUUUUGUUCACGACCUUGGCUUGCCAGCGUGGGGCUCAUACUUGGUUUUUGCGUUCGCGACUGUGCUUUCAGGACUGAUGUUGGGACUUUUUAUGAUAUUUGUGGCAGAUUGCUUUUGUCCUUCAAAAAGGCGCAAACCACAGCAACAGCCUCCAAAAAAACCCUCACCAGAAUUUUCGCAACCUCUGAAAAAAGUGGAGGAGGAACAAGAGGCUGAUGAAGAGGAUGUUUCAGAAGAGGAAACAGAAAAUAUAGAGGGAGCAAGCAAAGACCCUCCUCAGAGUGGCAUAAGACAGCGCUGUGUGGGCCCGUCAUCGGCUGCAGAUAAAUCCUAAGUUUUACAGAUGUUUUAAUAGUAUGGUUUUGACAAAACAGGAGAUUGCUAUCAUUUCUCUGUUUUAAAGUGAACUGUGAUUUGCUUGUACAUACAGUCUAGAUUGUCAUUAGGUUGGACAGUUCAUUCAGAAAAUAAAGCAGUUAGGUGUAACAGUUUGAAAUAUGAUUUAAGAAUAUUAUGAUGUUUUAAAGUUGUUUAAUUUCAGAAGAUCCUGGUGCCAAGCAGUAAGACUUGUGUUUAUAUUUAAUGAUCUGUUUCAUGUGAGAUUCAAAACUGCCUUUCUCAAGAUUUGCAUUACUGGGGUAUUUAAGAACAUUACUUUAGAGAGAAAGAUUUCUCAUUUCACAUCAUUUUUCUCAGUUUCACUGUGUGAAAAAAAGGAACAUAUUUCCCAUAACUGGGAACGUUACCCGUUGUUACAGAUGUGUCCUUCAUUGAUAACGCUGUGCUUAGGUAGAGUCCACAGCUUCCUCAUAGGCUUUGGACUCUGCAGCUCACAGAACUACCUUCUUAGUAGUUUCAUUUCUACACAUUACAUCUAGGAUAUGCUGCUCACUGCAGACAUUUUUAUAAGUUUAUGGCAUUGUGUUAAUUCCUAAGGUUGAUGGCCUGCUUUGGUCUCUUGUUCACUAUAUGAAUUUUUUUUUAAUUUGCCAUGGGUUAUAUUUUUAAGUUCAAUAAAAUUAACAGUAUCACUAUUGUGUUUACUGUGGGUAAACAGUACUUUUCUAUUGUUUUAUGUUGAUGUUUACUGAGGGAAUCAUCAAAUUGAACUGUUUACUUGAAAAUGUACAAAUUUGGCUAUACAUUCCAGAUUUUAAAUUAUUAUUGUUGAGUGGUCUUGAAGUUUUCUUUGCUUUUCUCUUUUUAAUGUGAAGGUGAAAAUUGCUGAUUUUUAAAAUUUGAUGUGGAAAAGCUUUGGUAUUUUAUAUUUUGGAAAUUCAAAGCUUAAUUUGAUGUAAAAUGAAGUCUGUAUUCUAUUUGAGAAAUAUCUCCUACUAUGUGUUUUUAGCAUAUCUGUCCUCUACAGGUUCUUGAUGGAUUUUAUAGUCAGUAUAUUGCUUUGUGUUUGAAAAUCGUAACAUUGUUAUGUUUUAAAGACAAAUUUUGUAUUGUAUUGUUCUUGUCUGCUAGUACUGUGCAUCUCACAAAUGGGAACCAGCAAGAUGGACUACAUCAUCUUCAUCUUACAGCAAGGGAAGGGUGUUAUGGGGGGGGCGGUCUUGAUGUCCGGAAGGGGAAAGCAGACCACAUGACUCGCAGAAUGAGUCACCCAGCCUUUAUGGACUAGUGGUUUCUGUGGCGCUCCCUCCCUUACGUGCUCUGUGAAUUCCUUAGACUUGCCAUGUUGUAAUGUGCAGCAGCUUCCUUUCAGGCCCCUCCUUUAUAAUAUUAAAUGUUCUGCUGUCAGAGUUUGGGUAUGUAGUUUGUGGUGGCUUAGUAAAACAUUCUAAGCACAAAAUAAAUGUUUCUAAGCACUUCA